AACUUACAACCCACCGCUUCCAUUUUUUCCUUCUCGCAGCCACCCAGGAAAACACAUCUCCAUCAUCGAACCCCUUGAACGAACUCCACCUCCGGCACUUCAGCGCCUUCCUCGGCCACUCCAGUGCUUUCCUCCGCCAUCCCCGCCGAAGCUAAAUGGAUCAAGAUAGACUAGCAGAAGAAAAAAUAAAAAGAUUCGAGGAAUUUGUUGAUCGCCGCUUGAAACCUGACCUUGUUCGAGCCAUUGGUGAAAGGGACAAAGUUUUUGAACAACAAAAAGUCUUCUCAGAUCUUAGAAGAAAUUUGGAGAGUCUUGAAAAGAAUAGUGUAACAAGUCUCAGGUCAAUGGUCAAUCUUGGGUCUGAAGUAUACGCACAAGCUGAUGUACCUGAUACACGCCACAUAUUUGUAGAUGUUGGCCUUGGAUUUCAUGUAGAGCUCACUUGGUCUGAGGCUUUAAAGAUCAUCCCUGUUAGAGAAGAAAAGUUUGCUAGGCAAAUUGAGGAAUACACUCGUCUCAUUGCACAAAUCAAAGCUCAAAUUAAGAUGGUUUCACAAGGUAUACGGGAGUUGCUACAACUACCAGCUGAAUGACUUCACAGAGUUGAGAAAUUAAUCGGUAAUAUAUGGUUAGUGUCAAAGAGAAGGCAUAAAAGAAAUUCCAGAUUGUUUAAAUCAGAAUUGCUUAUUUUUUCUAGAGAAAAUGAAGGUUAAUGGUUAGUGGUUAAAUAGCUUUUGUAAGAGUUGUUGAAAAUUGAAAAUGAGUGUGAAGUUGUGAUUGCCAAUUUUGAAACUAAUUCAAAAGUGGGAUAAUGACUUAAAAGGGUAAUAUUUGUUUUUUGAUUUGUACACUGAGUUUUUUUUUGUGCAUAUUUACCCUUCAACUUGUUAAAAUGUACACAUUCAGUCCUUAUGACAAGUUAUUCCAGGUUAGCCGGGAAAAAUGACUUAAUAGGGUAAUAUAUUUUUCAUUUUGUACAUAUUUAGUCAUUACUAUUUUUUGUACACAUUUAGUCCUUAAUAUUUUUUUGUUUCAAAAUAAGUCCUUUUUGUUUUUUGUACUCAUUCGGUA